AUGCAGAGACGGGCUGCAGUUGAAAAGCCGUCACGAAAUUUAUUGGCCCCAAUAAAUUCUGCUGUACAUGCUUCCUUUCAAUUCAUACCCGGGAAAAAAUGCUUCAAAGAUGAUGAUGAUGAUGAUGAUGAUGAGGAGGAGGAGGAGGAGGAGGAGGAGGAGGAGGACGAUGAAGAUGAUGAUGAUGAUAGCAAACGAAUUUAA